UCUUUGGAUGAAAAGACCACGGUACACCCUCGAGCCCGUUAUUUUUAGACGAGACAACACAGACUUUGGUCCACAUGGAUUUUACUCAAGAGCAACAUUAAAGACUGUACUACCAUAAGACAGUUGAUGACACAUCAUUUAGUUCAGGUUUGUCACAAUGUUAUUUAGAUUCGGCGUCAUUCUCACUCCGGAGACCUCGGAUGUCAAGGUGUUCGUGUUGGGCUCGCGCGAGGAAAUGGGCCAAUGGGACCCGAGCAGAGCGGUCCAAAUGAAAGCCUCACAGAAGCAGGUGUCAACUCAUGAACCUUGUCUGUGGAUAGGAGAGGUGCAGCUGACAGAGCCGUGCAGAGACACGCUGUGGUUCAAGUUCGUCAAAAGAGUCAGAGGGACUUUUAUCUGGGAAGGCAGUGGUCCGAGCCAUGAUAGAUGUUGUGCAUUUGAUGAGAGUAAUGUGGUGGAUGGCGUUUACUGCAACCCCAUUGGCCACUGGAUAGAGGAAACGGGACACACGGAUGAAAUGAAACACACCACAAGUUUUUACUUCGGUGUGGCUGGUCAGAAGGCCAUGCAUUUCUCCAGGGUGCUGCCUCGUGUUUGGCUGGGCAGCUGUCCUCGACAGGUGGAACACGUGAAGAUAAAGAUGAAGCAUGAGUUGGGCAUUACUGCAGUGAUGAACUUCCAGACAGAGCGGGACGUGGUGAACAACUCAAGUGGCUGCAGGCGUGACCCUGAGGAAGUCAUGACCACUGAGACCAUGAUGCACCUGUACAAAGACUGUGGCCUGGUGUACGUGUGGAUACCCACAGCCGAUAUGAGCACUGAGGGCCGAAUCAGGAUGCUUCCUCAGGCUGUGUUCUUGCUUCACGGCCUCCUGGAGAAUGGUCACACAGUCUACGUUCACUGUAACGCUGGAGUGGGCAGGUCGACGGCUGCUGUGUGUGGCCUGCUCAUGUACGUCCUGGGCUGGAGCCUGAGGAAGGUGCAGUACUUUGUAGCAGCUCAAAGGCCUGCUGUGUACAUAGACGAGGAGGCUUUAAUCCAGGCUCAAGCCGACUUCAUGCAGAAGUUUGGUCAGUUACGAUCAACCAUCUCUUACCUGGAGACAUGAGAGUUUAAGUGUCUUUGCGCUGGAGCAGAAUUUACAGGAAUGAUAAGCUAAACUGGACUUGACUUUCGGUAUCUAAAAGCAUACUGUGUAGUCAGCAUUAAAGGUGCCUGAAGGUGAAAAAACCUAUAGCGAGAAAAUUAACUUGCUCCCACUUAAAUCUAAUGUACGUAAAUGACCCACUUCAUCUGAGUGGCUUUCCAAUUCUAGUUGAUCCCCAAGUAUCUAAGGAGGGCUCUGCUGGCUGCCAGCGGAGAUGUUGAAAGCAAUAAAUCCCACAGUGACGCGUUCGCUUUUAACUUCAGGAAUUAGUCUCUGUGACGUUAAGCACUUUCUCUUGCAAAUUGUGCUGUUGGAAUCAGCCGAGGUUUUUCAGAACAUGUCUGCAGGUGUGACUGGAAAGACCUUUUCUUAAAGUCUUUUUGGCAAUAAACAUAACUGAGUUGA